AUGCUCAAGGUCGAGGGUCGCGAGAUCAACCUGUACCAGCUGCACUACGAUGUCAUGAGCCAGGACGGCUUCCGGAUCAACGUCACGGAUCAGUGCCCAGUCAUCCCGGGACGGCUUGGGUUCGUCAACUUCCCCGGUAACAGCCAUGAGCCCACUAAGUCAGGGCCUGGUAUCGCCAUGCACAUCGAGCAGGUGUACAAGCCAUGCCUGCAGGACUUCGACAGCCUGUACCUCCGCCAGCUCUUCCACCAACGACGGCUUAUGAUUCUCAGGGUCAACGGUGGCGACAUGUCCGCUGGCCCCUCAGGCGCCACGGCUCCGCAGGGCUUGAGCGACAUCAAGGACCCGAGGGCCCUCAGCGAGAUCAUCAGCUACGUGGCGCUCUCUGCCCCUGAGCUGCGGGCACGCGGCGUGCCCAACCACAUCAUCACACUCCUCGAGAAGCACCGUGACCAGCCGAAGGCGACGCUCCAGCAGCACCACGACUUCGCGAAGAAAAUCCAGAUCGCGGCGCAGGGCCAGCUGCACAAAUUCUCGAAACUCUGCGAUAGCAAACACGAACGCGAACGUAAUGCUCCACCACCAUGCCAACAGGAUGAACGUGGCAAAUUAUCUGAACUCACCAAUGCGCUGCGCCACCAUGGCCUGCGACGUCGGUAA